GGGCAUUUUGAUCUGAGUAGGCUUUCACUUUAUCUUUCUGUGGAUUCUGGCUCGUAUCUCUCUAUUAAGCCUCAUGGGGGAAUCGCACAUUCAAAAGUGCACACUCUGCUUGCAUAUUGAAGUUGUGGAUGUCCAGUCAUAGGUCUGUCCUGUUAUUCUUGAUGUGAUCAUACAAUAAACAACAUGUGGAUCUUGUUCAUCUUCAACAGAUGAUAAUCUGGCUCUCUGCUUAUACAAUGUCGACUGACUUUGGAAAUCCUUUGAAGAAGUUCAAGCUUGUCUUUUUGGGAGAGCAAAGCGUUGGCAAAACGUCAUUGAUCACUAGGUUCAUGUAUGACUCCUUCGACAAUACAUAUCAGGCUACAAUUGGUAUCGAUUUCCUUAGCAAAACAAUGUACUUGGAAGACAGAACGGUUCGUUUACAACUUUGGGACACUGCGGGUCAGGAGCGUUUCCGAUCAUUGAUUCCUUCUUACAUUCGGGAUUCCACCGUCGCUGUAGUAGUUUACGACAUCACAAAUGCAAACUCGUUUCAUCAAACCUCUAAAUGGAUUGAUGAUGUUCGCACCGAAAGGGGGAGCGAUGUGAUCAUCAUGCUCGUCGGGAACAAAACAGAUCUUGGAGAUAAAAGGCAAGUCUCGACCGAAGAGGGUCAGCGCAAAGCCAACGAACUCAAUGUCAUGUUCAUCGAAACCUCUGCUAAAGCUGGCUACAAUGUCAAACAGUUGUUCCGUCGCAUAGCUGGAGCAUUACCGGGAAUAAUCAAGGACGAUGAUCGUACUGACAACACUACCAUCGUGAACAUGGAUCCGAUAAAACAACGUCAGAUAGUCACUGAAGAAGGGUCGUGCUGGUGUUGAUGACUACACACUGGUUGCUCAUGAGCAUGCUUUCUCAAAUUCAUUCUAUGGACUGCUUGUUGCGUAUCGACUUGUUCCGUGACUGUGUACGGCUUUUUACGGCUAUUCUUCUUAUUUGAUCAUCAUCUCGACAUAUAAUUCUAGUUGCAAGUGAAGAAGCUUUUGGCUUCAAGGUGACGGUGUACUCAACCAAGCAAUCCUAACGUUCUCUUCUUUCUUCUAGUUUCUUGCGAAUGCUUGGGAUUUCGCGCAACUGUUAAUUGAUCUGUAGGAGUCCCAGUCCUGAUUUACAUCAUUUUCUGUCACUGAUGCUGUUUUUCGAUCAUUUGUGAAUCAGUACUGAACUUCCUGCGCUAAGUGUGGCCUAAUGUGCAUGCUGGGAUUGUGAUAAUUUAUUCUUGAUUUAUCUCUUUGAAAUGUUGUGUUUUUUAAUUGUCGCCAACAUAUUCGGAUCUGUUGCUUGCGGCUUACAAGCGGCAAUUUCGUCCUAACGGUCUCCUAAGUUAGCACGUUAGCUUUACUGAUUCAUGGUGGAGUUAUAUGGAAGACUGAUCCGCAAAUAUCUAACUCAUUCUUUCAGUCCUUCCAUAUCGACGGUCUUGUUCCCUGUUCAGGGAAAUUGCUUAUUAGUAAUCUGCACACGGCCAUAAAUCAAUCAAAUUCGUAGGAUUUAGAACAAUCUCAUCAGGUCCCUUUGUUAUAGGGAUGAUGAUCGACCAGUAAGUAGUAUGGGAACAGGACGACUCCUCACUUCAACUUUAGACCUAUUAAACUUGUUAACAAUGGGGAUGUACCUGUGAUUGCAAGUAUGCGCAUCAUAAUAUCUUUUAAUAUCAUACUAACUUUUAUCGCAUUGCUUCUCACAAGGCGAGCCUCCAAACCAUUCUGAACUUGUAGCAACUAUGAAAGCGUGGGGGAAUCACUUUCGAGGAGGAUUCCCUCCAAAUACUUUCAUCAGGGGUGGGUAAUGCGAACAUGAUAGUGAAAAUAGUGGGCUUCGUGGUUGGGAGUUUAAACCUUUAGGUGCGCAAAUGUUCUUCUAUUUUUUCUAUUUCAAUACGAGGCUCUUCUAAAUCCAACAUUGAUCACCUAUGAUGCUGUUGUACCUUUUAAUUAUUGUCUAAUAAAUUGUUAAGCUGCA